AUGUCUGUUGAUGACAGGUGGAAGGUAAUUAAAUCUAAAAGGCUGUGUAUAAAUUGUUUAAGAAAAUUUCAUAUGGCAAAUAAAUGCCGUUUUACUAGCACCUGUAAGGCAUGUCAUAGAAAACAUCAUACUUCAUUGCAUAGAUUUUAUUCUAAUUCUGAAGAACCUAAUGUAAGCAAUACAGUUUGCUAUUCUAAUUCAAAUUUAGAUAAUGCCAAUUCUGAAGAUGUUCCUACAGUGAGGGAAAACAUUCAACUUAGCACAACUUGUCUAAAUUCUAAUAGUGUAGAUAGUAAUACUUUAUUAUCAACAGCUUUAAUAAAGGUUAAAAAGGCUAAGGGACAUUUCGUUAAUUGCCGAGCGCUGAUUGACAACGGCAGUCAGAAAUCUCUAGUGAGCAAAACCUGUGUUAAAAGACUGCAAUUAUCAAAGACUGUUACAAAUCAUUCGAUUUCAGGAAUUAAUAAUACGCUAGUAAAGUCUUCUUUAUCUGAAGUAUCUUUGGUCUUUUCUCCACAUUUUAAUGAGAAAAUUUUUUGCUGUAAAGCCUUGAUUGUAGACUGCAUAACAAGUGAUUUACCGAAUUUCACAUUUUCUUCAUGCAACUGGCCACACCUGCAUGGUCUAAUGCUUGCACAUCCAACAUUUCAUGCAACUGGUCCAAUAGACAUUCUGUUAGGAGCCGACUUAUACGCUGACUUGCUAAUUGGAGAACCAAUUUUAGGGAAGAAGUGUACUGCAGCUGCACUCAAUUCUCAUCUAGGCUGGCUAUUAUCGGGAAGAGUGUUCUCAAACUCCAAUAAGGAAAACUUCUUUGUGAACUGUCAUCUUACCUCAUCGUUGGAUUGUCAAUUGGCUAAAUUCUGGGAGCUCGAAUCUUUACCUCAAGCUGAACUGAAAUCAAAGAAUGAUUCAGAUUGUGAAGCAUUUUACGAAAAAACGGUUGCUAGAGAUCCAUCUGGACGUUAUAUUGUGAGAAUACCUUUCAAACAUUCUAUAGAAUUUGGUGACUCAGCUACUCAAGCAAGUAAAAGGUUCAACUACAUUGAAAGAAAACUAAGUAAGAAUAAUGAACUUGAGCAUCAGUACACAACUUUCAUGUCGGAAUAUCUUCAACUAGGUCAUAUGGAAAGGGUUCCUUCCGACGAACUGAUUAAGGAAUCAAUAUUUUAUAUACCUCAUCAUUUCUUUAUCAAAGAAGACAGCAACACAACCAAACUAAGAGUGGUCUUCGAUGCGUCAGCUAAGGAUUCUUCAGGGAAUUCUCUCAACAAUGCAUUGCAUGCAGGUCCUC